UCCGCUUCUCUCCCGUUUUGGAUAUCACAUCAUGCGUAAACUAAAGUAUCAUGAACAAAAGCUUCUUCGUAAGCAUGAUUUUCUCAAUUGGAAACAAGAUCAAGGUCAUAGGGAAGUAAAGGUGAUGAGACGUUAUCAUAUACAAAAUAGAGAUGAUUAUAUGCGUUAUAAUCGAUUGGUUGGAGCAAUUCAUCAUCUUGCAUUACGAUUAUCAAAAUUACCUGCAACAGAUGGUUUUCGAUCAAAACGCGAAAGUGCACUUUUGGGAAAAUGUUACGAUUUAGGUGUCAUCAAUGUUGGCAACAAGAUGAGCGAUCUUAUGGAUGGCGUCACAGUCAGUGCUUUUUGUCGUAGACGAUUAGGUGUGGUUAUGGUCCGUCUUAAAAUGAGCGAAUCAAUCAAACAAGCAGUAACUUACAUCGAACAAGGACAAGUUCGUGUCGGUCCUGAUACCAUCACUGAUCCUGCUUUUCUCGUUACAAGGAAUAUGGAAGAUUUCGUUUCUUGGGUCGAUCAAUCCAAAGUACGCAAGCUGGUCGCACGUUAUACUGGCGAACAUGAUGACUUUGAUCUGUUGUGAUCAAUCUUUACCUGUCUUAUUCUUGCAUCUGUAUCAUAUCAUUCUCAUCGGACAACAUUCAAUGUUGUAUAUCCCAUCUUUUGCAGCCAUAACAGGAAGCGCUUUCAGCCAAAGUCAUCCAAAAAUAAUUUGACAAAAAAAUUAUCAAACUCGGAAA